GACGAGGAGCAGGUGAUGCUGGAUGGAGACUGUCGCCUGGCAGCUUUCAACGCUGCAACUCACACCGCAGCGACGUGUUAUAUUGUUCACUAUCAUCAUCAUCAAGUUAUCUGGCGCUUUCCUAGCGAAAACAGUCAGCAGCAUCUUUAGAAAAUCAUUCAUCCAUGUUAUCCUGAUGACUCGGCUUGGAACCUCCCACUAGGGAUACGGACUAUUUAUACCGCGUGCAGCAUCUCGAGCCUUCUGAUACGCGAAUCCAAAAAAAAAAAAAAAAAAAAAAAAAACCCGCUUCUGAAGAUCGUUCGCUUGGAGUGCCAGCUCUAAUUCUGGCUACCACUAUGCCUCUGCUGGAAGAAAGUUCCGUGCCGAGGGACUGUACUCGAACUGUGCCAGUAGUCAUCAUUGGUAAUGGCCCUUCCGGAAUAUGCUUGUCAUACCUUCUCAAUGGGUAUACUCCUUAUUUAGAUCCCAUGGCUGUGCACCCAAGCCCCAUCCUCUUUCGUAAACUACAGGAAGCCAAGCAUCUUCCUAUCACUGAACAGGAUUUGGAGUAUCUUUGCGAAGGUUUAGAGGGGCGUUCAGGAAACCCUGUGGCAGUGCUCUUAGACACACUCCUCCAUCCAAAUGCAGAUUUGGGCUUUGAGUUCCCCUCUGUACUGCAGUGGAGGCUGGAAAAGAAACAUCACAUUCCUCAUCUGGUCUUGGGCAAAGCUACACCUGGCGGUGCAUGGCACGCAAUGGAAGGUUCGAUGCUGACCAUUAGUCUUGGUAUAUGGAUGGAGUUACCAGGAGUCAACUACAGAGAUUUGACUCUGGGCAAACGGAAGGUGGUGUCCAAUGAUCGAGCCACUCCAGAUGAGAUCUCCUCCUACUACAAAAAUUAUGUCAAGCUCAUGGGUCUCCAGAAGAACUUUGUGGACAAUACCCAUGUCACCUCUGUUCAAAAACUUCACCGCAGUCAGGAAAGCAGUAUUGGGAAUGAAAAGGACACUGUAAAUGGUCAAUUGAAUGGUGUGAAAAAUGGGUUUGAUAAUUGCAAUAAGAAUAGCACAGAGAACGGUCAGAAUGGAGUGGGAAAUGGGUUUAGUAAUGAGUCACAAACUGGAAUGGAGAAUAGCAUUAGAUGGGGAGAGAUUGGGGAGGAAGAUGAAGAUAAAAGAGGCAAAGAAGGAAUGAAAGAGACUACUGGGGCGCCCCAAGGGCUUUCACAAGGACUCUGGGAGGUCAGGGGCUACCAACAGUUCCAAGGUGACACUCAUGUCCCUUUUAGCUUAUUUGCAGAGAAUGUUGUCCUAGCAACAGGGGCAUCUGACUCUCCAGCACGAUUGGGAGUAGAGGGAGAGGAUCUCCCUUAUGUGUUUCACAGUGUGCGUGACCUUGGGGUGGCUGUCAGCUGUCACGGCAAACUGGGCUCUUCCUCUGACCCUGUGUUGGUAGUGGGGGCGGGGCUUAGCGCAGCUGAUGCAGUGCUGUGUGCCCUGAACCACAGGGUCUCCGUGUUGCAUGCAUUCCGAAAGUGCACUGAUGACCCAGGUCUCAUCUUUAAACAGUUGCCAAAGACGGUUUACCCUGAAUAUCACAGGGUCUACCACAUGAUGUGUUCCCAAAUUUACCCAGCAUCUCCUGUUGCAAAUCCAACAGCUCCAAGUCCAUCUUUGUUUCCCGACUACACCAGCUUCCCUGAGCACUGUGUGCUCUCCUUCCAGCCCGACAUGCACUGUGUGAUGAAGGGAUCCAAUGGUGUCCUUAGAGUCUUCAAAGUCUCAAUGGUGCUAGUUCUGAUCGGGACCUAUCCCAACUUGUUUUUCUUGAAGGACCAAGGGCAGUACCUUGGCUUGGAUCCCAGUAGGCCAAUCUCCUGCAGACAGAAUCCUGUCGACAUAAACCCUUACACCUUUGAGUGCAAUGCUGAGCCUGGGCUCUUUGCUAUGGGACCCCUUGUUGGUGACAACUUUGUACGCUUCUUGAAGGGUGGCGCUCUUGGCAUUGCUAGCUGUUUGCUCAAGAGACUGAAACAGAGGCUGAAGAAAAACAGGAAAUUGAUCGCCGAUGAAGGAGGGUGUGGAGGACGGGGAAGAGAAGGAAGUGGGGGUGGAGGAAGAGGAUUUGUCUAAGGCUGUUUCAUGACAGUAGUCAUCUUGGGAUGUAUGCAGUGAAUACUAAUGAAACUUCAACUUUCCUUCCACCUCUAAAAUAAAGUACAUAUAAAAAUUGAGCAGAAGCUAGGAGAAGCUACUCUCUUCCCAAUGGAGUCUUAUGUGGACUCUUAUAAAAGCAUUUUUUUUUUUUUUUUUUUUGCUGGUCAGAAAUACAGUAAUGUGCCAAAAUGUCUGUCAUUUAAAGUCUAGAUGGAGUACACUUUACCUCUUGUUGCUGUCAGUUGCCUUGCUAUUUGUAAUUAGUAAUCUGCUCUUACAUUACAUCACAGACUGCAUAUCUCACAUUUAAUGAUCAAAGUGCCUAAAGGGCUGUUCAAAAUGAUAGCGAUUUGUAAGCAUCAAAGCAACUGAACAUCAUUCAUAAUUGGCGUCACAAGCAACAGACUGUUGCUGUUGAGAAGUGACGAGGUUGAGCAGAGCAAAGAGAAGCACCUUCAGUGAAAGUGUGAGAAGCAGCAUAAGUCAAGGAGGAGUCUUUAGCAACAGAGACAGAGAAGUUUAACUGGACAAGUUUGGUAUUUAUAAGGAUUACUGCUGAAAGAAAAAAAAUAUUAGGAGGCCAUUUUGUAAGACCUGAGCUAUGUGUAUCUUUUCUAUCAGACAAGAUCCAAACCAACUUUACUCUUAACAAGUGCCAAACCUACUGUACAUUGAAAUUUAUAGUAACCAUGGUGUGUCUCAGUCGCUAAGGUAUUUUUAAGUAAAAUAGUUAAAUAAGGAUUUUCUGAUCAGAGAAUUCAGAUUAAUCCGUGUGAUAUGGUUUGCAACAGGCGUUGACUCCUUAAUAAGGUAUUUCACAGUACUGAAUACUAGUGAAAUGUUUCAUUUCAUAGGUAUCUAUAGUGCCAAAUAAAUGUUAUAAUGCUUUAAAAUAAUAACUUCUAAAGCAUAACGUUUUCACCUCAGCCAUUCAUACUGUAAGUUUAGAUUGCUGAGAGUAUCCUUGUGUGGAGUGACAGUUUAGACCGCAGAUUUCAUCUAAAAACAUGAAGGUACACUUGAAGGAACCAAAGCAUAAGACAAAUCUGAGCUGAAAGAAAUACGGAAAGUGCUUU